ACAAUGACGACAACGCCAAGCCUCUGCUGCGUAUGAUCCCCUGCCGCCUUCUGACACGCUCUCGGCGUUCUCUCCGGAAUAUAUGCCUCGAAAAGGGCACCAAUUUCUUCCUUUUUCAGGCACGGGAUAAGAUGAUUUUUGUUAAGUUCUAGUCUAUUUAUUGCCAUAUUUCCCGUUCGAUUUCUUCUCCACAACCGCUUAAAGCCAUGGAGACCGACGGUUUCCCGGGGGCAAUACCGGAGAACACGCUUCUGCGGCUCCGGUGCUCAGUUAAGAACUACGAUUGGGGCCGAAUCGGCCUGGAAUCCCGCGCGGCGCGGCUGUACUCUCUGAACACCGGCGAGGAGGUUCGGGAGGACAUGCCGUACGCCGAAUUCUGGAUGGGGACGCACGACUCCGGCCCGGCGUACGUCGCCGGACCGGUGACCGGCGGCGGGAAGGAGAAUGACUCGCUGACUUUGAAGGACUUGAUUCGCCGGAACCCUACUUUAGUCGGCAAGAAGGUUGUUAGGACUUGGGGCCCGGAUCUUCCGUUUCUGUUCAAGGUGCUUUCGGUUGCGAAGGCAUUGUCGAUACAGGCGCAUCCGGAUAAAGAAUUGGCUGCUCGGCUGCACAAAGAGCAGCCUGAGGUGUACAAGGAUGAUAAUCACAAGCCGGAGAUGGCUCUGGCAAUCACUGAUUUUGAAGCCUUGUGCGGGUUCAUUAGUUUCGAGGAGCUCAAGCUUGUUAUCCAAACUGUUCCGGAGAUCAGGGAAGUGGUUGGCAGUGUGCAUGUAGAGGAGGUGUUGCAUGUUAACGCCCAUGAAAUGGAUGAGAAUGCAAAACCAAUUCUGCAGUCGUUGUUUACGACGCUUAUGUCAGCUAGCAGCAAUGUGGUUUCACAAGCCCUAACCAAACUGAUAAGCCGGCUUAAUAUAAAACGUGAGGCAAGGGAGCUCACUGACAAAGAGCAGCUAGUGUUGAGACUUGAAAAGCAAUAUCCAGGCGAUGUUGGUGUUAUAGCAGCAUUCUUGUUUAACCAUGUUAAACUCAGUCCUGGUGAAGCUUUGUAUUUGGGUGCAAAUGAGCCUCACGCCUAUCUGUUUGGUGAAUGCAUUGAAUGUAUGGCAACCUCAGACAACGUUGUGCGUGCUGGCCUUACCCCAAAGAAUCGUGACGUCAAGACCCUUUGUUCAAUGCUCACAUACAAUCAGGUAUUCCCGGAAAUCCUUAAAGGAGAUGCUUUGGGUCCAUAUACAAAGAGAUACAGCCCUCCCUUUGAUGAGUUUGAAGUUGACCAUUGUGCCCUUCCUCGAUUAGCAACCACUGUCUUCCCUGCCGCUCCGGGCCCAUCUAUUUUUGUCAUUAUGACCGGAGAUGGAACGAUGAGCACAAGAUCAUCUAACGAGGCAGUCUCCGAAGGACACGUGCUGUUCGCGCCUGUAAACACAAGUGUCACCGUCUCCACCACCGCAACCGGUUUAAGUCUAUUCAGAGCUGGAGUGAGAUCAUGUUAUGAGUAGUGGUUUUGGUUUACUCCAAUCGUUCACAAUUAACCGAUUAUUAUGACUUUUUGUGAUACAUUAAAAGUUGAAUGAAUGUGGACAUGAUGCAUGAUAAUGUUCAUUUAACUUUUGAUGUAUCUUAAAGGUCACAUGGUCGGUUAAGUUUAAAUGUGAAUGAAAGAGAGUAAGUUACUAUAGUGUGUACAUGUGAAGUCACAAGUGGGCGUUUCUUGUAGUAUGCAGUGAGUAAUAAGAUGCAUGCCCCACUUUUGUAUAUGGUGAUAAUGUGGUUUUAUACAUAGUAAGAACAAUAUCUCUGUUCCGUUCAAAAUGUAUAAAAAAAUAUUCCUUCUGUCCCUAAAUAUUUGUUUGUAUUCUCGAAGUAAAAUAUCAAGAGUUUU